AUGGAGGAGUUUUCUGACUUCAUCAAUGAUCACUUUCUCAUUGAUCUUCCUCUGUCAUUUGAAAGGUUUACUUGGGCCAAGGCGGAGGAUUUCAACUCAAGAUGGAUGCAGAGGGAGGGGGUGUGUGCUCCCUUCCGAUUCGAGAACAUGUGGUUGAAAGUGCCAAGAUUUGGUGACAAAGUGAAAGAAUGGUGGACAAGCUACGGGGUAUUAGGGACACCCUCAUUCCGUCUUUCGAAGAAACUUAAAUUGCUCAAGGGAGAUAUUAUUAGGUGGAAUAAGGAGGUUUUUGGGAGGGUAAAGGUUAAAAUGAGGGAGCUUAUGCAUGAAUUGGGGGAAUUAGAGAGAGGGGAAGGGGCGAGGGAGUUAGAUGAAUUUGAGAAAGAGAGAUUGGGAGAGGUUAAGAGGGAAAUAGUCGAAUUAGCAAUAGCUCAGGAGACUAGUUGGCGGCAAAAAUCGAGGACACUAUGGUUAAAGGAGAGGGAUUUGAAUACCAAAUUUUUUCACAGGGUGGCGGUUGCAAAUCGAAGGAGAAACUCCAUAGAGUCCUUAGUUGUGGAUGGGGUGAGGAUUGAGGGAGAGGAGGAGGUAAAAGGGGCGAUAGUGGGGUUUUAUGAGAACUUAUACAAAGAGGACGUUAGUUGGAGGCUGACUUUGGGGGGAAUAGAGUUCAACCACAUAGGGGAGGGAGACAGUGAGUGGCUAGAAAGGGCUUUCGAGGAGGAGGAGGUGCACGAGGCUGUGUCGAGUUGUGUUGGUGAUAAGGCCCCCGGCCCUGAUGGUUUCUCCUUGGCAGUGUUUUUGAGAGCACGAAGCGCAAAAAAGCGACAAGGGCUCGCCUCGCUUCAAAAGCGAAGCGCAAAGCGAAGUGCACGCUUUAUUAAAGUGAAGCGCAAUUCUUAA